AAACAAAGCUCUCCUCGCAUUCUGAGCAAUUUCCCCUUCAACAAUGUCCCCUUCGGGGCGACAUACGAAAAAUUGGAACGAUACAGAGAAGAUUAGCAUGGCCCCUGCACAAGGAUGACACGCUUUCCCGGAGUGGUAGACCUACGGGUCUCAAUAUUUAUUGCUUUUUGCAUCAAGACUGGCAUUGGAAGGUUAGUAGGUACUCAUUCCCUUUUUGGGAAGACGCGGAAAUUUGUGUGGCUUUGUUUGGCAAAGGCUUUGGGAUCACACAAAGGCAAACAACAAUUCAGUAUACCGCAGCCACCUAUUAUAUGGUGAACACGAGCCUUGUAGGUGGAUGACCUUUGGGGACAAUAUUGUGCUGGAGAGGGCUCUAGCAGUAGGACCUUUGGUUAUGGCGUCGAGGGUAUCGAUAUAGACUUGGUACGAAAUCUUCUCAAGCAUUCAACACUAAUCAUUUCGUCAAUUGCUCUUGCCCACGAACCGCUUGACUGAAUUUCUCGGGGUAAAACAAAGGGUGAAACACUUCCAUGGUCCUGUCUGCAGCUCUUGAGGCUAGAUAUGAUGGCUGCGAAAAUAUUGUGGACACCUUGUUGGCCGUUGAUGGAAC